UAUUUAUUGCUCUUGUCCUGCCCUGUGCACCCCAGCCCCCACCUGCAGCUGGGACCCAAAUGCAGGGAUAUUGUUGGUUGAGUUGUGAGCAUGAGGCCGUCUCUGUUAGUUCGAUCUCUUCGUCUGUAAUUGGAACCGUGACGUCUGGGCUGUUCGAAGAUCACUAACCUCUCUGAGAAGUUAUAAAAGUGAGGGGCUCUUUCUAGACAGUGUGUGGAAAGCUGGGUGGAUGGAGCCAGAUGGGUACUUGUUUCCGGGGUGGAAACAGACGGUGUCCUGCAGGUCUGAGAAGCCAUUCUUCUCCUGUGAACUCCGUCACAGACUUGGCCACAGUACGGGAGCCGGUCACCCCAACCCUAAAGGUGCCCUGAGGUUGCUGUGAUCAUGGCAGAAGCUGCUGCUAACCUGAGCACAGGAGACAAUCUGGAGCAAAGGAUCCUAGAAGUACUAAGUGAAGUUGGUGGCUCUGUGAAGAUUGGCCAGCUGGUAAAGAAGUGCCAAGCGCCCAAGAAAAUACUCAACUCGAUCCUUUACCGCCUGAAGAAGGAGGGCAAAGUAUCCUCCACAGCUGCUGCAACCUGGUGCUUAGGUGGGAGCGCUUCUGCAGAUGAGGUUCCCGCAGUCCCCGAGGACCCCACCGCUCAGCCAAGCCUCGAGGAUAGAAUCUUCAGAUUCCUGGAGGCCAAUGGACCUUGCAGGGCCCUGCAUAUCGCCAAGGCUCUGGGCAUGAAUACGGCCAAAGAGGUGAACCCAGACCUGUACAAGAUGAGAAGCAGGCACCUUCUGAGCUAUAACGGGCAGGCAUGGAUGAUCUAUGACUCCAGUCAGAAAGGUCAACGGCUAGGAUGGGGUCUGGACUCGAAGGUUAGUGCUGUUGAUACAAGAGCCCCUAUAUCCUUGAAACAAAGGAACUCAAUGGAAUAUCAUUCUCUAGUUGAUUCUGGAAUGAGACAAGAGCGCGCUGCGAUCAUUUACCAGCAGAAUCCCAUCAACAUGAUCUGCCAACAAGGAGCCAACAACCAUAUCUCCAUCUCUGAGUCAGAAGCCAUCCAGAUCGGGCAUGGGAACACCAUGCUGCGGCAGAUAGCCUGUACUCAGAGAGGUCCCAGCCCCCAGCAUCCUCUCCUGCUACCCGCUCCAGAUGACCCCUCUUCUCAGAACACCCCACCUGGUGCCUGGGGAGCUCAGCACAUCCACAUGGAGAAGUCCUUGCUCCGCCGUGUGCAGCUGGGUCACGGCAAUGAGAUGAGCCUCCCGAGGGACCCGGUGCAGCACCCUGCAGAGGAACACCCUGCUGGUAGCUUUACUGGCAGUCCCCCAGUCUCGGCUACCUCUGCUGACGCAGGAACUUCCUUCCACAUGCAAACACCCGAGCCAGGCCCUCACCCUGAGGGGGGCACCGCCCAGAAAGUCCACAUCAAAUCCUCCUGGCUGGAGGAUGCCACCAUCGGCAACAGCAACAAGAUGACCAUCCGCAUUGCUUCACAGGGUGGAGCUGGGGAGUCUGGAAACAGCGAGGAGCCAAAGGGAGACACAGACUCGAGUUCUAAAGCCUCACCAUACGGAAGCUGCUCCCACACCCCCAGCAGCUCCACGCUGCUCGCUCCUGAGCUGAGAACCAUGACUCUGGGAGACAGCAGCCCCCAGACCACAGAACCUGUGCUUACGGAGGAGGAGGACGGAGCCCCCGAUACAGAGGAUCGUAAGACUCAGGAAUGAGGCCAGAAAGCAAUGGAGUCAUGGGACCCUGAGCUGACACCUCUGCCACUAUGAGCCAAACCAGCCUUUCCUGCCUCAAGAUCAAUCAUAUGAGCCAGUUCGACCAGUCCUGGGUGUUCACCAGAAGAGACAAGUCAACACAGCACACAGAUAGCUGCACAUUCCUGUUGACUGUGCUCUGUCUGCAGCAGCUGGAAAUGAAACCAACCUUGCUGUCAUCAAUAGAGGGUGGAUUAAGGAAAUUCAGAGUAUGCAUACAGCCAUAUAAAAUAAUGAGGCUGUGUCAUUUGCUGGAAAGUGAAUGCGACCAGAGAUCACCAUGCUAAGUGAAUGAAACCAUCUCAUGUAAUCGGAAGUCUGUGUGUCUCACAGUCACUCUCAAAUAAACACUCAGAGGUUUAUACUAA